GUUGGUGGCUUUGAGACUCUGACUGCUAUGGAGAAUGUGGAAAGUGACCCAAAAACAGACCGUCCCAAGGAGGAAAUACGAAUUCAGACAACAACCGUUUUCGUUGAUCCGUAUGAAGAGGCAGAUGCCCAGGUUGCUGCUGAAAGAGAGAAGGCCCGGCUAGAAGAAGAAGCAGCCAAAACAAAAGCUGAGGUGGUGCCACUAAAGAAAGAAGUCCAGACUCCUAAGACUUACCGGCAAGGGAUUGGGAAAUACAUUAAUAUGGCUGCAGCGAAGCACGGCGCGGAAGAUGACGGGCCCUCAACCAGCACAGCUGCAAAGAAAGAGAAAAAGAGCACAGGCUUCGGGGACUUCAGCUCCUGGUAGCAGCGCGGGGAGCCUAGCACUGGAGCAGCACAGCAAUAAAGAAAAGGCGGCCUCCCACGUGUCCCCGAAGAGCCCAAAAGACUGUCUGUCCUGGAGAGGGAAGGCACCAGCCUGCCCUUCUACUGGAGAAGUAAACCGUUGCUUUGUUGAGGCUGGUUAAUGUGGCUUUGUUUUCUAGAGAGCGGCGUUCACCCCACUGCAUCUUCCUCGAAGGCCUUUUUGUUGUUGUUUUGCAAAGCGGGGAGCAGGCAGCCCAGUUCUGCUGGGGAUUAGCUGGAGCCUUUCUCUGCUUGGCUGGCAGCAGACCAGGCAGAGCCCGGCCUCGCAGGACGCUGCUUCAGUGAAGGGCUGCGUUGGUGAAAGAGCUCCUUUCACAGGUAAUCAUUUCCAGACGAGUCCAGGCUGCCAGACGAAGGAAUGAAUUAACGUGCUGGGGAAGUGCCUGUGCUGCUGAAGCGCUUUGUGGAGGUGAGGAGAGGGCUCCAGCCUGUGCUGCCUGUCCCUUCCAGAUGCCUUUAGCUAGUUCUCGACAAGGACCAAUUUUGUUUCUAGCUCU